AGUUUUUUUGUCCUUCAUUCUGUUGAUAAGAUGUAUCACACUGAUUGAUUUGCAUCAGCCACAACCCACUUUAGAUGCUGUAGGCGUGCCCGUUCCCUAGCCACCCCUCUGGGACUGUUUCACACAUUUAUAUUCCUUGGCUGGCCCCAUCAGCAUUUGAGUUUGAGGGCCCUGUCUAAAGCGUUCAGACUUUUGAAAAGCAGAAGCCAGAAAGGCUUAUAGAUGCAUGCUGCGUGGAUCAGAAGAAAGGAAAGAGAAGAGGAAAGAAAAGAAAGCCCAAGUUAACAUGUCAACAUGUUUCCGGGUUUAGAGCAAGAGGUGGGGAGGAUUGGAUAAGUGGACUCACAACUGCGUUUUCUCAACCAGGAUUGACCCAGGAGGCCUCAGUGCACUCCAAGAACACUGGCAGGGAGGAAUUCCUCACCGCCUUCCUGCAGAACUAUCAGCUCGGCUACAGCAGGGCCUACCCCAGCCUCCUAAUCUCCAGUCUGUCCGAGAGCCCCGCCUCGGUUGUCAUCCUCAGCCAUGCAGACAGUACCUCACAGCAGGUCACAGUGAGGCCCAGAGAGUCAGUCAUGGUCAACAUCAGUGCCAAGGCUGAGAUGAUGGGCAGCAAGACCUUCCAGCAUGCGGUGGUGGUCCACUCUGACCAUGCCAUCUCUGUGCAGGCACUAAACACCAAGCCCGACACAGCGGAGCUGACACUGCUGCGGCCCACCCCGGCCCUGGGCACUGAGUACUUUGUGCUCACGCCCCCCGGCACCUCAGCCAGGAAUGUCAAGGAGUUUGCGGUGGUGGCUGGUGCUGCAGGUGCCUCGGUCAGUGUCAAGUUGAAGGGGUCAGUGACAUUCAACGGCAAGUUCUACCCAGCAGGCGGUGUCCUAAGUGUGACUCUCCAGCCCUACAAUGUGGCCCAGCUCCAGAGCACAGUAGAUCUCUCGGGGUCAAAGGUCACAGCCAGUAGCCCUGUGGCUGUCCUCUCUGGCCACAGCUGUGCCCAGAAACACACGACCUGCAACCAUGUGGUGGAGCAGCUGCUACCCACAUCGGCCUGGGGCACCCACUAUGUAGUACCCACUCUGGCCUCCCAAUCCCGCUACGAUUUGGCCUAUGUUGUGGCUAGCCAGGCCACAAAGCUGACCUACAACCAUGGGGGUACCGCUGGCUCCCGUGGGCUCCAGGAGGGCGAUGUGGUAGAGUUUGAGGUCCGGCCAUCCCGGCCACUCUACCUGUCUGCAGAUGUGGGCAUUCAGGUCCUGCUGUUCGGCACAGGUGCCAUAAGGAAUGAAGUGACCUAUGACCCCUUCCUGGUCCUGAUCCCCAGUGUGGCGGCCUACUGCCCUGCCAAUGUGGUCAAGAGUGUGCCAGGCAUUGAGGGCGUGGCCCUGGUGGUGGCACAGACAAAGGCUACCAGCGAGCUGACCAUAGAUGGGCAGGCAAUGGGGGCCAACCUCGCCUGGGCAGCUGUGCCAGGCAGCGAGUUCUCGUACGCUGAAGUGGAGCUCGGCACAGCCGACGUGGUCCACGUGGCCCAGGCCACCACCAACUUCGGGAUGCUCACCUUCGGGCUGACCAAGGCUGUGGGCUAUGCGACAGCAGCUGACUGCAGCCAGACUGUGCUGGCCCCAGUGGAGCCCUCCUGCGAAGGCGUGAAGUGCCCAGCCAGGCAGCGCUGCAAGGUGGUGGAUGGGAAGGCCAAGUGCGUGGCGGAGUCCCCCGCUGUCUGCCGCGCCCAGGGUGACCCCCAUUACACCACCUUUGAUGGCCGUCGCUACGACAUGAUGGGCACCUGUUCAUACACGAUGGCGGAGUUGUGCAGUGAGGAUGACACCCUGCCCGCCUUCAGCGUGGAGGCCAAGAACGAGCACCGGGGCAGCCGCCGCGUCUCCUACGUGGGCCUGGUCACCGUGCGUGCCUACAGCCACUCCGUGUCGCUGACCCGCGGGGAAGUUGGCUUUGUCCUGAUUGACAGCCAGCGCUCGCGCCUGCCAGUCUCCCUGAGUGAGGGUCGCCUGCGUGUGUACCAGAGUGGGCCACGGGCCGUGGUGGAGCUGGUCUUCGGGCUGGUGGUCACUUAUGACUGGGACUGCCAGCUGGCACUCAGCCUGCCCACGCGCUUCCAAGACCAGGUGUGCGGGCUGUGUGGCAACUAUAACGGUGACCCAGCGGACGACUUCUUCAUGCCUGACGGGGAUCAGGCUGCUGACCCCGUGGAGUUCGCAAGUAGCUGGAAGCUGGAUGAUGGGGACUACCUGUGUGAGGAUGGCUGCCAGAACAACUGUCCCACCUGCACCCCAGGCCAGGCCCAGCACUAUGAGGGUGACCGACUCUGCGGCAUGCUGACCAAACUUGACGGCCCCUUCGCUGUCUGCCAUGACACCCUGGACCCCAGGCCCUUCCUGGAGCAGUGUGUAUACGACCUGUGCGUGGUUGGUGGGGAUCGGCCCAGCCUGUGCCGUGGCCUCAGCGCCUAUGCCCAGGCCUGUCUGGAGCUUGACAUCUCGGUUGGGGACUGGAGGCCACCAGCCAACUGCCCCUUGACCUGCCCCGCCAACAGCCGCUACGAGCUCUGCGGCCCCGCCUGCCCGGCCUCCUGCAACGGGGCUGCGGCGCCGUCCAACUGCUCCGGGCGCCCGUGCGUGGAGGGCUGCGUGUGCCUCCCGGGCUUCGUGGCCAGCGGCGGCGCCUGCGUGCCGGCCUCGUCGUGCGGCUGCACCUUCCAGGGCCUCCUGCUCGCUCCGGGCCAGGAGGUGUGGGCGGACGAGCUGUGCCAAAGGCGCUGCACCUGCAACGGCACCACCACCCAGCAGGUGACCUGCCGCGACACGAAGGGCUGCCCGGCGGGCGAGCGCUGCAGCGUCCAGAACGGCCUCCUGGGCUGCUACCCCGACCGCUUCGGGACCUGCCAGGGGUCCGGGGAUCCGCACUACGUGAGCUUCGACGGCCGGCGCUUCGACUUUAUGGGCACCUGCACUUACCUGCUGGUCGGCUCGUGCGGCCAGAACGCGGCGCUGCCCGCCUUCCGGGUGCUGGUGGAGAACGAGCAUCGGGGCAGCCAGACCGUGAGCUACACGCGCGCCGUGCGGGUGGAGGCCCGCGGGGUGAAGGUGGCGGUGCGCCGGGAGUACCCGGGGCAAGUGCUGGUGGACGGCGUCCUUCAGUACCUGCCCUUCCAAGCAGCAGAUGGGCAGGUGCAGGUGUUCCGCCAGGGUCGUGACGCCGUCGUGCGCACUGACUUUGGCCUGACCGUCACUUACAACUGGGAUGCACGAGUGACUGCCAAGGUGCCCAGCAGCUAUGCUGAGGCCCUGUGUGGACUCUGCGGGAACUUCAACGGGGACCCAGCUGAUGACCUGGCUCUGCGGGGUGGGGGCCAAGCUGCCAAUGCACUGGCCUUUGGGAACAGCUGGCAAGAAGAAACGAGGCCCGGCUGUGGAGCAACUGAACCAGGUGACUGUCCCAAGCUGGACUCCCUGGUGACCCAGCAGCUGCAGAGCAAGAAAGAGUGUGGAAUCCUUGCUGACCCCGAGGGGCCCUUCCGGGAGUGCCACAGCAAGCUGGACCCCCAGGGUGCCGUGCGCGACUGUGUCUAUGACCGCUGCCUGCUGCCAGGCCAGUCUGGGCCACUGUGUGAUGCGCUGGCCACCUACACUGCUGCCUGCCAGGCUGCUGGAGCCACAGUGCACCCCUGGAGGAGUGAGGAACUUUGCCCACUGAGCUGCCCACCCCACAGCCACUACGAGGUGUGUUCCUACGGCUGCCCGCUGUCCUGUGGAGACCUCCCAGUGCCCGGGGGCUGUGGUUCCGAAUGCCAUGAGGGCUGUGUGUGCGAUGAGGGCUUUGCACUCAGUGGUGAGUCCUGCGUGCCCCUGGCCUCCUGUGGCUGCAUCCACCAGGGCACCUACCACCCACCAGGCCAGACCUUCUACCCGGGCCCCGGCUGUGAUUCCCUUUGCCACUGCCAGGAGGGCGGCCUGGUGUCCUGUGAACCCUCUACCUGUGGCCCACAUGAGGCCUGCCAGCUGUCUGGUGGCAGCUUGGGCUGUGUGGCCGUGGGCUCUGCCACCUGCCAGGCGUCGGGAGACCCCCACUACACCACCUUCGAUGGCCGCCGCUUCGACUUCAUGGGCACCUGCGUGUACGUGCUGGCUCAGACCUGCGGCACCACCCGGCCUGGGCUGCACUCGCUGACCCGGGCAGUUUUCCCACUGAGGGCCUCCCCAGACCCCGACUCGAACACCUACCUGGCUUAUGCCCACCUUGUCCCCACAGCCUUCCAGUGCCCUGCACACAGCCACUACGAGCUCUGUGGUGACUCCUGCCCCGUGAGCUGCCCGAGCCUCUCAGCACCCGAGGGCUGCGAGUCGGCCUGCCGUGAAGGCUGUGUCUGCGAUGCUGGCUUCGUGCUCAGCGGUGACAGCUGCGUACCCGUGGGCCAGUGUGGCUGCCUCCACAAUGGCCGCUACUACCCUCUAGGCCAGGCCUUCUACCCUGGCCCUGAGUGUGAGCGGCGCUGUGAGUGUGGGCCACGUGGCCAUGUCACCUGCCAGGAGGGCUCAGCCUGCGGGCCCCAUGAGGAGUGCCGGUUAGAGGAUGGUGUCCAGGCCUGCCAUGCCACAGGCUGUGGCCGCUGCCUGGCCAGCGGGGGCAUCCACUACAUCACCCUCGAUGGCCGUGUUUAUGACCUGCAUGGCUCCUGCUCCUAUAUCUUGGCCCAAGUCUGCCGCCCGAAGCCUGGGGAUGAGGAUUUUUCCAUUGUGCUUGAGAAGAAUGCGGCCGGAGACCCCCAACGCCUACUGGUUACUGUGGCCGGCCAGGUUGUGAGCCUAGCUCGGGGGCUGCAGGUCACUGUGGACGGCGAGGCUGUGGCUCUGCCUGUGGCUGUGGGCCAUGUGCGGGUGACUGCCGAGGGCCGAAACGUGGUUCUGCAGACGACCAAGGGGCUGCGGCUUCUCUUUGAUGGCGAUGCCCACAUCCUCAUGUCCAUCCCCAGCCCCUUCCGUGGACGGCUCUGUGGCCUCUGUGGGAACUUCAAUGGCAACUGGAGUGACGACUUCGUCCUGCCCAGCGGCGUAGCAGCGUCCAGCGUGGAGACCUUCGGGGCUGCCUGGCGGGCGCCUGGCUCCUCCCAGGGUUGUGGCGAGGGCUGCGGGCCCCAAGGCUGCCCUGUGUGCUUGGCAGAGGAGACUGCACCCUAUGAGGGCAACGAGGCCUGUGGGCAGCUGCGGGACCCCCAGGGCCCCUUUGCCACCUGCCAGGCCGUGCUGAGUCCGUCUGAGUACUUCCGCCAAUGUGUGUACGACCUGUGCGCCCAAAAGGGUGACAAAGCCUUCCUGUGCCGCAGCCUGGCAGCCUAUACGGCGGCCUGUCAGGCAGCCGGCGUGGCCGUGAAGCCCUGGAGGACAGACAGCUUCUGCCCGCUCCAGUGCCCCGCCCACAGCCACUACUCCGUCUGCACACGCACCUGCCAGGGCUCCUGUGCCGCUCUCUCCGGCCUCACGGGCUGCACCACCCACUGCUUUGAGGGCUGUGAGUGUGACAACCGCUACCUGCUUUCCCAGGGUGUCUGCAUCCCUGUCCAAGAUUGUGGCUGUACCCAUAAUGGCCGAUACUUGCCGGUGAACUCCUCCCUGCUGACCUCAGACUGCAGUGAGCGCUGUUCCUGUUCCCCAAGCUCUGGCCUGACAUGCCAGGCAGCUGGCUGCCCACCAGGCCAUAUAUGUGAAGUCCAGGCUGAAGCCCGGGACUGCUGGGCUCCCCGUGGUCUCUGUUUCCUGUCUGUGGGUGCCAACCUCACCACCUUUGAUGGUGCCCAUGGUGCCAUCACCUCUCCUGGUGUCUAUGAGCUCUCUUCCCGCUGCCCAGGACUAGAGAAGACCAUCCCCUGGUACCGUGUGGUUGCUGAUGUCCAGACCUGCCAUGGUAAAGCUGAGGCUGUGAGCCAGGUCCACAUCUUCUUCCAGGAUGGGAUGGUGACAGUGACCCCAAACAAGGGUGUGUGGGUGAAUGGUCUCCGAGUGGAUCUCCCAGCUGAGAAGUUAGCAUCUGUGUCCGUGAGUCGUACACCUGAUGGCUCCCUGCUAGUCCGCCAGGAGGCAGGGGUCCAGGUGUGGCUAGGAGCCGAUGGGAAGCUGGCUGUGAUGGUCAGCAAUGACCAUGCUGGGAAACUGUGUGGGGCCUGUGGAAACUUUGACGGGGACCAGACCAACGAUGGGUAUAACUCAGAGCAGAAGCCAGCGGUGGAGAAAUGGAGAGCGCAGGACUUCUCCCCAUGUUAUGACUGAUCAGUCAUCCACGGGGAAUGAAGACAUCCUGAAGAUGACCUGAUCCUCCUGGAGGUUGCAGUGUCUGAAGGAUGCAUCAUGUGCUCCUACCCUGCUCUACCCCUUUUCUGGGUUGCAGAGGCCAAAUGUGAGAGCAUUGAAUAAAUAUCUUAAGCUGAGCUGCA